AUGGCUUCCACACUCAGACUUGGUACCUCUGCUCUCCGCUCCAGCACUCUUGCUGGUAAGCCGGUUGUUCAGUCUGCUGUCCUCAACGGCCUGCGAUGCUACUCUACCGGCAAGACCAAGUCCCUCAAGGAGACCUUCGCCGACAAGCUUCCUGGCGAGAUCGAGAAGGUUAAGAAGCUCCGGAAGGAGCACGGCAACAAGGUCAUUGGCGAGCUCACCCUUGACCAGGCCUACGGUGGUGCCCGUGGCGUGAAAUGCCUUGUUUGGGAGGGUUCCGUCCUCGAUUCUGAGGAGGGUAUCCGUUUCCGUGGCCUGACCAUCCCCGAGUGCCAGAAGCUUCUUCCUAAGGCCCCCGGUGGCGAGGAGCCUCUCCCCGAAGGUCUUUUCUGGCUGCUCCUGACUGGCGAGGUGCCCUCGGAGCAGCAGGUCCGCGACCUGUCUGCUGAGUGGGCUGCUCGCUCCGACCUCCCCAAGUUCAUUGAGGAGCUUAUCGACCGCUGCCCCAGCACUCUUCACCCCAUGGCUCAGUUCUCUCUCGCCGUCACUGCCCUUGAGCACGAGUCUGCCUUCGCCAAGGCCUAUGCCAGGGGUAUCAACAAGAAGGAGUACUGGCACUACACCUUCGAGGACUCUAUGGACCUCAUUGCUAAGCUGCCCACCAUCGCUGCCAAGAUUUACCGCAACGUUUUCAAGGACGGCAAGGUUGCUCCUAUCCUGAAGGACAAGGAUUACUCCUACAACUUGGCCAACCAGCUCGGCUUCGCCGACAACAAGGACUUCGUCGAGCUGAUGCGCCUGUACCUGACUAUCCACUCCGACCACGAGGGUGGAAACGUCAGUGCUCACACCACCCACCUUGUUGGUAGCGCUCUGAGCUCUCCCAUGCUCUCUCUGGCUGCUGGUCUCAACGGUCUUGCCGGUCCUCUCCACGGAUUGGCCAACCAGGAAGUCCUCAACUGGCUCACCGAGAUGAAGAAGGCCAUCGGCAACGACCUAAGCGACCAGUCCAUCAAGGACUACCUCUGGUCUACCCUCAACGCUGGUCGCGUUGUUCCCGGUUACGGUCACGCCGUCCUUCGCAAGACGGACCCCCGCUACAUGUCUCAGCGCGAGUUCGCUCUCCGCAAGCUGCCUGAUGAUCCCAUGUUCAACCUGGUCAGCCAGGUCUACAAGAUCGCCCCUGGCGUUCUGACCGAGCACGGCAAGACCAAGAACCCGUACCCCAACGUUGAUGCUCACUCCGGUGUCCUCCUCCAGUACUACGGCCUGACUGAGGCUAACUACUACACCGUCCUGUUCGGUGUCUCCCGUGCUCUCGGUGUCCUUCCUCAGCUCAUCAUCGACCGUGCUCUCGGUGCCCCUAUCGAGCGUCCCAAGAGUUUCAGCACUGAGGCUUACGCCAAGCUUGUUGGCGCUAAGCUGUAA